GCAUGGUCAAAACUCAAAACCCUCGAAACAACUGAGAAAUCCGGGUGAACAGAGCGAGCCGCCGGCAACAAGAUGUGUGGAAUUGCUUUACUUGUCUCCGGCAUUCGCUUCGACUUAUCGGCUCUAAAUAUCGAUUCCGUGUCUUCACCCUCUAAAACCCAUCUGGUUUUUUCAUUAGAUGAUCUUAAAGCAGCUUUACAAAGACGAGGCCCCGACUGUUUGGGCUCCAAGAAGCUUCUUCUUCUUCAUUCAGACGCUUCAAAUUCUUUAAACUCUUGGGUUUCUUCUGUUCAUGAGGAAUCUCACGUGCUUGAAAACGGGUCAAAUAUUUCUGGAUGUUCUGCAGAACUUGUUUUUCUCGGUACUACCUUGCAGUUAAGGGGAGUAUCUCCUGGUAUUCAGCCAUUGGUAGAUUCUUUUGGGAUUCUUGUUUAUAAUGGUGAAAUAUUUGGGGGAAUCGAGGUUGGGAGUGACGACAAUGACACUGAAAUUCUUAUGCAAUCUCUGCGAAACUGCUGUUCCUGCUGUUCUCAGGAACAUAAGACAACAUGUGAUUUUACUGGGCAAGGGAAAGGUUCUGUUCCUGAUGUUCUUUCAGUUAUAAAAGGACCAUGGGCUAUCAUUUACUGGCAGGAAAGCUCGAAAACCCUGUGGUUUGGUCGAGAUGCAUUUGGUAGGCGAAGCCUUCUUGUUCACUGGCCAACUAUGGAUGAUCCUCGAUUUCUGCUUUCGUCUGUGUCACCGACUUCUUCCAGCCUACAAGAUUCAGAUUUUGAAGUUGAAAAUGGGACUAAUGGCAUCAAUUUUUGGGAAGAACUUUCGUGUGGGAUAUAUAGCAUGUCAGUAGAUGCUGCAAAAUCAGAUUGGAAAUUUCUUGGUGAUAUCAAGAAACAUGAGUGGACAAAUGCUAUGCUGAAAGAACUGAUUGAAUGGGAAAGAGUUUCAGUCAAACCUGAACCUGCACAGUUGAAGUUUUCCCUUUCUAGGACUCUAAGUGCUGAACUUGACAUCAAUUCAGCUUCUUCAGGGCCUAUUCAUGCUUCAGUUUCAGUGCUAGCGCAGAAUGUGCUGACAGCUUUGAGGGAAUCAAUGAUGCGGCGCAUAUCACUGCAUAAUAUUUAUCAGGCCCAAAAAGAAACUGUUCCUGUGGCUGUUCUCUUUUCUGGUGGAUUGGAUUCCAUGAUUAUUGCUGCAUUAUUGGAUCAAUGCCUAGAUCCUAAUUAUGAGAUUGAUCUCCUUAAUGUGAGCUUUGAUGGUGAAUCUGCUCCUGACAGAAUCAGCGCAGAAGCAGGAGUUAAGGAGCUUAGAAGGGUUGCACCCUUAAGAAGGUGGAGACUUGUUCAUAUCGAUGCUGAUUUAUCAAAGUUGACUUGGGAAACAAAGCGUGUCUUAUCACUCAUUAAUCCUGCAAAUACGUACAUGGACCUGAAUAUAGGAAUAGCCUUGUGGCUUGCUGCUCGUGGAGAAGGUUGGACGUGUGAAGAGCUUAAUCACGGGAUUGAUGAAGAUAAACAUGUUAAGUACACAUCGAGGGCCAGAAUUUUGCUUGUUGGCUCUGGUGCAGAUGAGCAAUGUGCUGGAUAUGGUCGGCACAAAACGAAGUAUAGGCAUGAAAGUUGGCUCGGGCUACAUGAGGAAAUGAAACUGGACAUGCAGAGAAUUUGGAAAAGAAAUCUAGGAAGAGAUGAUAGAUGUAUAGCUGAUAGCGGAAAGGAGGCAAGAUUUCCGUUCUUAGAUGAAGACGUUAUUAGGACACUUUUGGAUAUUCCUCUUUGGGAGGUUGCAGAUCUUGAUCAGCCAAGUGGAAAAGGUGAUAAGAAGAUUCUGAGAGAGGUAGCACAAAUGCUUGGUUUGCAUAAUGCUGCAAUUCUUCCCAAGAGAGCAAUUCAGUUCGGAUCAAGAAUUGCAAGGGAGUCGAACCGAAAGAACUUUGGAAGUAAUCGAGCAGCCAACCAGGCAUCUGCAGGAAGUGUAGUGAUUAACAUACCAUCUUACUUCAGUUGACGCUUGCGGGAUUUGAAGGUUGUUUCAGCCAGUUUAAGUACAGGAUUUCUUUCUCACUUCUCAGAGAGUAUCUAUGGUGAUGAUGGUGAUAACUUUGAUGAGGCAGCUGAUUCCGAUGCCAUCGGAAUCAAUGCAGGAUCCUUGUUAUUCACAUUCUUCUCAAAAUUAUGAAGCUGCCAUUUAUGCAGAAUUUGAGUGUGCGUGUCGGAUAUGAGUAUAUUUAACUCGAUCAUCUCCGAUUUCCGAUUCGUAUUUUGUGUCGGACGGGAACAUUUUUAGAAAAUUGAAUGCUAUGUUUAUGUUUAUGGUUCAA